UUAACUGCAGCUUGCUAGUGUGCAUACAUAUUCAAAGUAUCAGUCCAUCGCAGCCUUUUCUUUAUCUCUGUAGUGAAAGCAGCUGCGGUUUAAGAUGCUUCGCAAGGCUUGCACAAGCCAUUUGCGCCUCUUAUGUUUGUCACGUCUCCCGGUCUCAAGCUUCUCCUCGAAAUCUGCAAUAUCGUCUGGUUUACCAAAUGCACCCAUUGACCUUGAUCCAAGUUUGAAGGCUUUGCUCAAAGACAUUGAUAUAUCGUUGAAGAACGAUGGCCAGCGGGCCAGCGACGGAACAUUCUCUCCUGCUCCACGUGAACUUGAAGCCUAUCCUGCUGAAGAUUCAUUGAUUGGAACCCACGAAAGUGAAGAAUUUGUUGAAGAGGACGAUGCUGUUUACCACAAGGAUACAAGAAAGUCUCCGGCAGCCCAUUUUGGUAGUCGGGGAAUUGGUGCAGUUGUCUUGCCAGACGAGCUACAGAGAACUAUUACUACCCUCAUAGCAGAAUCCGAUAAAACGACAUUACACAGCGACGCAAAACGCUUGUUUUAUGAGCCUGAAGGUAGGGGAGAAGUAGAAAAACGGUGGGACCCAGAAUAUGACGUGAAGUAUCGAUCCCGCCGACAGGCUUCCCGCCAUUCUGAACGUGAUGGGACUGCUUUCGCGUCAGUUGCACUUCCAGCACACUAUUCAGCUAUAUGUGCUGUCCUCGAUCAUCUCAAGCUCAGACUAGGCCCUGAUUAUCAAAUAAAGAGGGUCGUUGAGUGGGGAGCAGGCGCAGGUAGUGGAUUCUGGGCGUCACUACAUUCUUUUCAAAAGUCUCGCGAAGGUACAGAAGACGAAGACGGACCUAAGUUAUCGACGUCUGAUGUCAUAACUUAUACUGGUAUCGACAAGCGCGAAGGGCUUGUUUCGAUUGGGAAGAAGUUACUCCGAGAUAUCGACCUUGGGGCCGUAAGCGCAACAUGGCAGAAGUCUCUGCAAGACCAGGAUAAAAUUCGUCGUUCUGAAGGACAUGAUUCUCUUGCUUUGUCUGCUUUCUUGCUAUCUUCCCUGUCACCUCCUUUAGCAAGAAAAAAGCUGGUAAAAGAAAUGUGGGAGAGUGGUGCUAGUACUAUUGUUCUCAUCGACCAUAGCUCCACUGCCGGUUUCGAAAAUAUUGCGGAGGCCAGAGAGUAUAUACUAGAAAUGGGCAGGAAGGAACUGGAUGAUCCUGAAACGGCCGAAUGGCCAGUGAGAGGGGCCCAUGUUGUCGCGCCUUGUCCUCAUGAUGGCACUUGCCCUUUGUAUCAUCCGGGCUCAAGCAAACUCAUAUGUGGCUUUUCUCAGCGUCUUCAGCGCCCCGCGUUUGUUCGUCUUACCAAACACUCGGGUCUGGGUCAUGAAGACAUCGGAUACUCUUAUGUCGUCAUUCGCAGAGGUGUGAGACCUGAGUCGAGCUCCAUGAAACUCGGAAGAAUCGGCGCUGUAGGCCAGAACGAAUUGGAGAAAGCAGCAUUACUCCCAACUCGAAAAGAACUGGAAAUCAACAGUGAUAAUGAAGCCUCUGUAAUCACAGACUCCUCACUAAUGUCGCCAUUAAGUGAUACCACUGAAGUAGUCGACGAAUCUAUGGUAGACCUUGAAGCAGCUUUACGACAAGAAGCGUACAGAUGGCCCCGUCUCGUGUUUCCUCCUCUCAAGAAAAGUGGCCAUAUUAUCCUGGACGCAUGCACCCCUGAAGAAAAAAUCAUGCGACUUACCAUUCCGAAGUCGCAAGGUAAACAGCCUUACUAUGAUGCCCGGAAAUCCAGUUGGGGAGACAUUUUCCCCCACGAGCCUAAAAACACACCACAAGUGCGAUAUCAGCCCCCGCGCGCCAAACGCGAGGGAGGCAUGAAUCCCAUUAAAGGAACUGACAUUGGCAAGAGGAGCUCGAAAGCAAAAGUCCGCAACACAAGCUACUCUUCUCUUUCUGAUGAGCUGAAAGAAAAAAGGAAAAAGACCCGCAGAGACCGAAUUCAUGCCAGAGACGCCCAAGAUAUCUAGCUUGGAAUUGGGUACCUGUCUCAUUUGUUGCAAAUAUAUUACCAUCCACCUCAUCUCUCAGUCUAACCUCUUUCGUGUUGUAUAUCUAAAUGCAUUCUAACAUAGUAAUAUACUAGAGAUCUGAUAUCUGAAUGCCCGGAGCCUGAGUAGAGCUCAAUAUAAUCCGAGUGAUCGCAUUUACUAGGUAACCGUCUUGUCAGAGAACUCAGCACAGGCAUAUGAUGUACGCACCUGGUUUGACGUUCUUGUUCUUCUUAUCAGAUUCAGGGUCUUUCUGAUUACCAGUUGCUCUCUUUACGGAACUGACAAACAGGCGGACAUUCUUCACAACAUCUUCCACCGGGAAGUGCAUCUUUUGCAAUAGCCAUGCGAAUAGUACCGCCUUUGUCUCCCCUCCACUCUGUGGUACCGGAUAACCGCCGGAUAUACCCAACUAUGUCGUCGGUCACCGUACCACGCCUAUCUGAAGGCAUCAAUCCACGGGGACCCAAGAUACGACCAAGUUUAGGUGUGAUGGCACGGAUGAGCGCUGGGGUACAGAGUAUCGUAGUUGCCUGGUGACGCCCGUUGAUGACCUGCAUUUGUGUUCCGAUCAGUAAAAAUUACUUUUCGAAAGGGACGCUUUGUGAACGCACUCCAUCAAUCAACUCAGCACCGCCUACAAUGUGUGCCCCGGCC